GGAGAUUCUCUGGAGAUGAGCCGGUUGGGGAUCAUGAGGUUGGAUCCUAAUCCGCUGGACUGUCCAUCGCUUCCUGCUAAAGUGACAUGCAGGAUUUGCCUUCUGAAACCUUUUUUACUGGAAAUGUUCUUAUAUUUAUGAAUUUUCCCACAACUUUUAUCAAGAAGCAUCUUUUCAACUAAAGGAAUGAUCAUUCUGGUACAGUAUGGUCCCUUCUGUAGAUGCUCACCAAUGAAAGUAGUUCUUUCUCAUCACGCAUGCUGAGGCCUUAGCUAAAGAUCCAAAGGCAGAUCACUGUAAAAACUUAAUAAUACUCUCUACUUCUGGUGUCUGGAACAACAUCUCUGAGAGACAGACUGUGGAUUAUGUUCAUAUAGCUUAUAUCAGUUUCUUGGAGGACACUGAAACGACCAUCCGUGAGCUGAAAUGGACGACCCUUACCAAAACAAUGUGCAAGGAGAAACCUACCCUACCUAUGGAGAAGGAGGUCAGGAUGGAUAUCCCUACCAGACUGACUAUCCUCCCCAGGAGGAAGAUGCAGCCAGUGAUGCCACAGAGGGUCAUGAUGAGGACGAACAAAUGUACGAGGGCGAGUACCAGGGCGUUCCUCACCCUGAUGAAAUCAAGGAGGCCCGUAGAGCCGCUCGGCGGGAGGCCAGGUUGAAGGCUAAACUGGCAGCUCUGGAGGAGGAGGAGUCGCUAGCGGACCAGUACGAGAGCAUCAUGGAGGACUGCGGUCACGGACGCUUCCAGUGGACCCUCUUCACCGUACUGGGCCUGGCACUCAUGGCUGAUGGCGUUGAAUGCUUCGUCGUGGCCUUCGCCCUGCCCAGUGCUGAGAAGGACAUGUGCCUGUCAAACGCCAACAAAGGCCUGCUGGGUCUGAUUGUCUAUGUGGGGAUGAUGAUAGGAGCAGUCCUGUGGGGUGGUCUGGCUGAUAAGCUAGGCCGUCGUCAGUGUCUCCUCUAUGCUCUGGCCAUCAACUGCAUCUUCUCCUUCCUCUCCUCCUUCGCUCAGGGCUACGGCUUCUUCCUCUUCUUCAGACUCUGCUCUGGAAUUGGAAUAGGUGGCACCAUCCCCAUCGUGUACACAUACUACGCAGAGUUCCUGCAGAUGGAUAAGCGUGGAGAGCACCUGAGCUGGCUGUGUCUGUUCUGGAUGCUGGGCGGCGUGUACGCUUCCUUCACUGCCUGGGGAAUCAUCCCUCAUUACGGCUGGGGAUUCAGUAUGGGCACUGAGUUCCAGUUCCACAGCUGGAGAGUGUUUGUGCUGGUGUGUUUCCUGCCCUCGGUGGUUGCUCUUGCUGGACUCGUGUUUAUGCCAGAGAGUCCCCGAUACCUGCUGGAGAAUGCGAGGCAUGAUGAAGCCUGGAUGAUCCUGCGGCAGGUCCACGACACCAACUGGAAGGCCAAGGGAGAACCACAGAAAGUGUUUGAAGUCACCCAGAUUAAAACACCCCAAACUCAGGAUGAUGAUUUCAUUGAGAUUCAGAGUGAGACGGGCACUGCCUUCCAGAGGUUCACAGUCAGGCAGGUGGCCCUCAUUAAGCAGGUGAUGAAGAAUUUGAUGUCUCUUGCUGCUCCUGACGUGCGACUCCAUGGCUUGUUCGUUGGCAUUGUUUGGUUUACAAUGGCCUUUAGUUAUUAUGGUCUGGCAGUGUGGUUCCCCGAUCAGAUUAAAUACCUGCAGUUUGAAGAGUACGAGUCUAACGUGAAGCUGUUUCACCGAGAGAGGGUCGAACGCUUUCAUUUCAACUUCACUCUUCAGAAUCAGGUUCACAGAGAGGGCGACUACAUCCACGACAGGUUUGUCGAUAUAGAAAUAAAAAACGUGAAGUUUGAAGACUCCCUGUUUGAAAACUGUUAUUUCGAGAACAUCAGAUCCACAGAGACGUUCUUCGAGAACUGCACUCUUAAGAACACUAUGUUCUACAACACCGAUCUGUGGAAAGAUUCAAAGUUCAUUGACUGCAAGUUCACCAACACUUCAUUUCACCAUCCCAAGAAAGGCUGCCAUCUGAACUACCAGGAAGAAAACGACGUCCUGAUCUAUUUAGUGUGCUUUCUGGGCAGCUUGUCUGUUAUACCAGGAAACAUCCUAGCAGGUCUGCUUAUGGAUAAGAUUGGAAGAAUCAAAAUUAUAGGUGGCUCCAUGCUGGUAUCUUCUGGCUGUACAUUCUUCCUGUUCCUCUGCUUUAACCCGGGUUCUGUAAUAACCUUCCAGUGCCUCUUCUUUGCAGCAUCUGCAGCAGCCUGGAAUGGGAUAGAAGUGAUAACAGUGGAACUCUAUCCAGCCUCAAAGAGAGCGACUGCUUUUGGUGUCCUCAACGGUUUAUGUAAGCUGGCAGCCAUUGUCAGCACCUUCAUCUUCUCCAAGUUUGUAGCGGUCACCAAGAUCAUCCCCAUCCUGCUGUCCUUCUCAGCGCUGGUGUGUGGAGGACUGCUCUCCUUCAAGCUUCCAGAGACACGGGAGGUCAUCCUCCAAUAGAAACCAACCAAUCAAGCACACAAACAAACAAGCCAAACUUCCACAGUGUUAAGGCCUCAUGUCAGCGCAGGAUCCAGCUGGAAACUGGACCUUCUCAUGCCCAGAGAAGUCAACGUACGGGAGCAGGAGUUGUUUAUGAUCAUGUAAAGUAAAAAAUGAUGUAAAAUGUUAAACGAUGUUUACCUUGAUUAGUUUAUUAGUUUAGUGAGUCAGAUUUUUUUUCCGUAAUGGUUUACUGUUUGCUUUGUUUAAAGCAGAGCACAGGAUCUCAAAUCUGGAUCAUAUCAGGAUUUUGUUAAAGAUGACAACUUCUAAAAAUGACAUUUUUUAAAAAAAGACAGAUUUAUGGCAGAUUAAUGUACUUUGACUCUGUACAGUUCCAGAACAGACAGAGUCAUACAGUAUACAGUGCAGUACAAAGGUUUUAGGCACUUUACUUAACAAUAAGAGAGUUUACUCUGUACAAAAUGAGAAAAGCUUUAGAGAUGUUUUAAUGAACACAGUGAGGUAAAACUACAACAUAAAGUACAAAAUACAUUUUUUAUGUGUUUUGUAUUUAUUCUUAUAUUAGUGUUUUACUGAGUGAUUUUAGCACUGUUAAUUUCAACCCUGCAAUAUGAUUAGUCUAGAGAUGUUCUAUGAGUUCCAAUAUUGCACCAUAAUGGCACUAUGGCCAAAGAUUUUUAAGUAUUAAUCUGCCACACAAUUUACAGUGGCUUGCAAAAGUAUUCAUACCCCAUUUCACAUUUUGUCACUUUACAACAACAAACUUAAAUGUAUUUAAUAUAGAUUUUAAGUGAUAAACCAACAAAAAGUAGCACAUUAUUGUGAAGUGAAAUGAAAAGGAUACAUUGUUUUUAAAUGUUUUAUAAAAUAAAAAUGUGCAAAAGCAUUCUGGCCCCUUUACUCUGAACCCCCUAAAUAAAGGGCAGUCAAUUGUCUUCAAUCGCAAAAAAAUACAUUUAAGUUUGUGGUUUUAAGGUGACAAAAUGUGGAAAAGUUCAAGGGGUCUGAAUACUUUUGCAAGCCACUGUACAUAGUCUAGCAAUGCUGCCAGCACUUACAAGACAAAAACACCAGCCCUAACAAAUCAGCAUGUUGUAAUUCAGCAAUAAUAAGCGAGAGGGAGUGCUAUAAUGUUUAUGUGAUCUGUUUGGUUAUAAACACUCCACAACUUAAAAUAGUUCCAUUGCUGCUCUGUUUGUAGCUGCGCUGUUUGGCUGGUAAGCGCUGCAUCGUUGCUAGGUUACCUGUAUGUGGCGGAAUAAUACAUGGAGAGCUUCGAUUACAGUGCAGUACCUGCUGAUAACGGUACUCAUAGAACACCUCUCAGCCAAUCACACUGCAGGUUCGGAACUAAUUGUGGCAUAAUUAGUAAUAAGUAAAAGCUAAAUUAAUUAUUGCAAGUUAAUAGAAUUUACUGGCUUUGAAAUUCUUUGUUUUGCUUGUUUCAGUGCUUUCAAGAACAAUUAAAGCAAAUUAAAUGAAAGCUGAAUCCUGGACUCUCAUGCUGGACUCUAUUUGCACCAGAUUCCAAACUGCAUAAAAGUAAACUAAACACAGACACUGUGUUUUAGGUGGGGGGG